AUGGCGAUAGCAGUGGGAGUAGGUGUGGGUGAGUGGGUAUGGUGGCCGGGCCUCGCCCUCGGCGCCGUCCCGCUGCUCUGCCUCGCCGUCUGGCACUCCACCGACGCGUGGUACCGCGCCGCCUUCUUCCUCAGGCACGGCGGCCGGCGCCGCCUGCCGCCGGGCCACAUGGGCCUGCCUUUCCUCGGUGAGACGCUCUCCUUCGUCUGGCACUUCAAGCUCGCGCGCCGCCCGGACGACUUCAUCGCCGCCAAGAGGCGCGCGCACGGCUCCGGGGCCGGCAUCUACCGGACGCACCUCUUCGGCUCCCCUGCCGUCAUCGCGUGCUCUCCGGCGGCCAACAAGUUCGUGUUCCAGUCCGCCGAUAACUUCGGCAUACGGUGGCCGGUGCCGGAGCUCAUCGGCCACAAGUCCAUGGUCAACGUCGAGGGCGCCAGCCACGCCAGGCUUCGUGGGAUCAUCCUCACCGCCAUCAACCGCCCCAGCUCGCUUCGGACCAUCGCCGCCGUCUUGCAGCCGCGUGUUGUGGCGGCGCUGGCCGCGUGGGCAGACAUGGGGACAAUCGUUGCCUCCACCGAGAUCAAGAAAGUGACGUUCGCGAACAUAUUCAGAAUGUUCAUAAGCAUGGAGCCGUCGCCAUUGACAGAGCAGAUAGACCAGUGGUUCGGCAGCCUGAUGGCUGGCCUCAGGGCAUUCCCCUUGGAUUUUCCAGGGACAACAUUUCACCGCGCUCGCAAGUGCCGUCGGAAGCUGAACGCGGUCUUCCGACAUGAGCUGGAGGCAAGGAAGAAGGUGGACAAGAAGUGUGAUGAUCUCAUGAGCGGGCUGAUGUGCACCGAGGAUGAGCAGGGGAAGAGGCUGAGUGAUGAGGAGGUUGUGGACAACAUGGUCAACCUCGUGGUCGCUGGCUAUGAAUCCACGGCCAGCGCCAUCAUGUGGGCUACCUACCACUUGGCCAAAUCCCCUGCCGCCCUCGCCAAGCUCCGAGAGGAGAACAUGGCAGUGAGCGAAAGCAAAGGUGGUUCAUUGAUGAUCACCCAUGAUGACCUCCCAAGGAUGAAGUACACGGCGAAGGUGGUGGAGGAGACGAUCCGAAUGGCCAACGUCGCCCCCAUGGUGCACCGCGUGGCGAACCGGGACGUGGAGUAUGGUGGGUACACGAUCCCGGCGGGGUGGCCGGUGCUCGUGUGGGUGAGGUCGCUGCACACCGACCCAGUCUACUACCAGGACCCCCUCACCUUCAACCCCGACAGAUGGGAUAAACCAGCGAAGCCAGGGACGUACCAGGCAUUCGGUGGCGGAUAUAGGAUUUGUGCCGGGAACAUGCUCGCGAAGUUGCAGAUCACCAUCAUGCUCCAUCACCUCUCCACUGGUUAUGAAUGGGAGCUGUUGAAUCCUGAUGCGAAGAUCAAUUACCUUCCACACCCAAGGCCAAUGGAUGGCGCAUCCAUGACCUUCCGUAAGCUUAGAGCUUGAUGGAGAUGCAUUCAAUGAUUUUUUCUAGCUAUGUGCUAGUGCAUCAAUGUUAAUUCUAUUAGUAUUGUAUGAUCAUAUCAGAACUAUAGCUAGUCUAUCUUUUUCUGGAAUUGACAUUAUCUUUGUAAGCAAACAUGGGCAAAAUGCUUUUAAAUUUGUACUGCAAGGGACAAGACCAUUAUUUGAAA